AUGCCGCGGCCUUAUCCAGAUCCAGGAGGGCCUUCCCGAUUCGCUACUACCAUUAGCAACCAUUGGCCGUUUUCGAACGACGCCCUCCCACUAGCAGUUGCGGAUCGCUUUGCUGGUGUGCAACAAAGUAGCGAUUCGGUGGGAGAGGUGUGGUGGACGGAGGCCGUCGUUACUACUAUCAUAGCUGAUCUGCUGUGCGUGGGAAUCACCCUGCUAGCUCUCGCCCUCCCUCCCGCCGAUGCCAUCCAAGCCACACUUGGCGAUCUGAACCGCGAGGGCACGUGCUACUGGGGCCAAUUCACCUACGCCGACAGUCCCUAUUUCGACAAGGGCAUGGUCGCGCAGGUGCCUGCGAGCAAUUUCAACAGCGGCAAGGGCUGCGGAACGUGUUACCAAGUUACCUGCAAGAACAGCCCGAGCUGCACCAAGGGCAGCGUGAUGGUUCGAGCGGUCGGCCUGAGCGGCGGUUUCAACCUCAACUUUCCCGCGUGGGACAAAAUCGUCAAAGACCGUAACGUGGGUAACGUGGAGAUCGAUUACCGCAGCGUGGACUGCCCUAGCAGCCGCACCAUGGCGGUUCGUAUCGAGAACAACAGCAACGUCUACAAUUUCGUGGUUCAGAUUCUGGGCGCGGCGAAGAGCGGAGGAGUGGAGAAGGUGGAGAUAUCGAACGACGGGAAGCAGUGGAAGAGCAUGACGAACAACGGAUGGGGCGCCACGUGGGUGCUGAAUCCCGCCAAGGACGUCGUGGAUAAGGGCCGCAAGCUGAGCGUGCGCGUGACGGCUGUGGGCGGCGGGCAGCAGGUGGUGCUGCUGGACGUGAUUCCGAGCAAGUGGAGCGCCGGGAAGACGUACGAGAGCGGCACCAACUUCUAA